AUGUCUGGCGGAAUAGCCGCGGCUCGCUUGCAAGAGGAACGAAAAGCGUGGCGCAAGGAUCAUCCCUUUGGCUAUGUCGCCCGACCCGAGGCGGCCGCAGACGGCAGCACCGACAUUUUCACGUGGAAGUGCCUGCUGCCCGGCAAAGAAGGCACGCUGUGGGAGGGCGGCCUCUUCCCACUAACUCUCGCGUUCACAUCAGAGUACCCCAGCAAGCCACCCCGCGUCAAGUUCCCUCCAGGGUUCUACCAUCCCAACGUCUUCCCGCAGGGGGAUGUUUGCUUGUCCAUUUUGAACCCUGAGAAGGGCUGGCGGCCAAGCAUCACCGUGAAGCAGAUCCUGGUGGGCGUGCAGGAGCUGCUGGAUCAGCCAAACGUGGACGAUCCUGCCAACGAGUGCUACCAUGCAUACAAGCGGGACCGAAAGCUGUACGACCGGCUGCUGCAGGAGCAGACGCGACGGUAUGCUGCCGCCAAGCAGAUGUGA